ACGGGCUUUUCAAUUUUUUCAAACCAGAAAAGAAAAACUGGUUUCUCCGACGCUGGUUAGGAGUUGGAGCCCUAGCUUUCUUCCACUAAGAGCAGCGUACACGUACACUCCAACCUUCAAAUCUUGGUUGUCCGCUCACCGCUUGCCCCAGCAACACACGGUUAUUGCUUCUCCUCCAUUCAGAUAGUUGAACUCUCGAUUGAGCUGUCUCUGCCUUCUGGACAGUGCUUCUGUGUGUUUUAUUUGGGGGUCUAUUUGAGAAAUGAAUUUGAAGCGGUUAGUUAAUAGUCGAACUGUAAACUACGUAUCAAGGUUCAAUGGAAGAUUGCUGUAUAUGUACCCAUAUUGUAUUAGCAGAGAUUUCUCUGCCAUUUCAGCCUCUGCCCCUCCUUCCAUUUAUUCCUCAAGCAUUGAUGACCGAACUCUUGCCCAUAGCCCUAAUUUCUCAAAACAUAAUUUUCUCUUUAAGAGAUGCUUGCACUCUGCUCAACAAACUACGCUAAGAGAAUUGAGCUUUAAGCCAAAAUUCAAUUUUAAAGAUUCUGAAGAGGAUGAUGGAACCAUGAAUGAGUUCUUAUCACGAUUUGUGUGGAUAAUGCGUGGGAAGUUAUCUGAGGUGUAUGUAGAUUGUGAUAAACAGACAAUUGACAGUAUGCUUUUAAUUAUAGUUGAUAAAGUUGUGUCGGAGUUGGAAAAGGGUAGCCUAGAGCGGAUGCUUGGUGCCACAGUGGCCAUCCCAUCAGAGGAUUUCAGUGAGGAUUUGUGGAAAACAGUGUGGGAAGUGAGUAAUUCAGUGCUGGAGGAUAUGGAAAAGGAAAGGAAGAAGGAAAAGAUGAAGGGUUUUUUGCAGUCUGAGGAGGUAAAGGGAAUGUGCAGGUUUGCUGGUGAGAUUGGUAUCCGUGCGGACAUGCUGAGAGAGCUCAGAUUCAAAUGGGCUCGUGAAAAGAUGGAAGAGAGUGAGUUUUAUGCGAGUUUGGAGAAACUUAGAGAAGAAGAAAGAGCCCAAGAAAAAGAGGAAACAGAUGGCAAGAAUGCUGAGACCAUGAGUGAAAUGGCUAUAAUGGGUGAGGAGAAACCAAAGUUCAUAUCCCUUCCUAAGAGACAUGGAAAGAUUAGAUACAAGAUUUAUGGACUUGAUCUUUCUGAUCCAAAGUGGGCUCAAGCUGCUGAGACGAUUAUUUCGUCCGAGGAACCUAAGCCAAUACAUGGUAAAAGUAAAUUGGUCACUGAGAAAAUUCUUUCACUGAGAGAGGGGGAUGACCCUUCCCCACUGCUGGCUGAAUGGGUAGAGCUUCUACAACCUAGCAGGGUUGAUUGGUUGACUUUGCUUGAUAAGUUGAAAGAAAAGAAUAUGUCCUUAUAUUUUAAGGUAGCUGAAAUUUUGUUGAGUGAAAAAUCUUACCAACCAAAUGUUCAUGACUAUUAUGUGCUCAUUGAUUCCCAUGCUGAAAAGAACCGCUUAGAAGAUAUUGAGAGGAUUCUUAAGAAAAUGAAUGAAAAUGGUAUUCAACCUGAUAUUUUAAUAGCCAAAGCUUUAGCGCACUUGCACUGCAAGGCAGGCAAUCCAGACCGUGCUAAAGCAAUAUUCGAAGGCCUGAGGAGCGAUGGUUUCAAACAGGUUAUGACGGUCUACAAUACAAUGAUCAUGGCAUAUGUUAAUGCUGGCCAACCCAAGUUGGGUGAGUCAUUGAUGAGGGAGAUGGAGGCGGAAGACAUGAAACCUACAGAGGAGAUUUGCAUGGCAUUGCUUCGCUCAUUUGCACAACGUGGUGAUGUUGGUGGAGCUGGUCGAAUUGCAACGACCAUGCAGUUUGCUGGAUUCCAGCCAAAUUUGGAGUCUUGUGCAUUGCUUGUUGAAGCACAUGCACAAGCAGGUGAUCCUGAUCAGGCGAGGAGCAAUUUUAACUAUAUGAUAAAAGUUGGACAUAGGCCUGAUGACAGGUGCACUGCUAUCAUGAUUGCAGCUUAUGAGAAGAAGAAUUGGUUGGAUAAGGCCUUAGACCUUUUGUUGCAACUUGAGAAGGAUGGGUUUGAGCCAGGACCUGCUACUUGCACUGUUCUUGUUGAUUGGUUGGGUAAAUUGCAGUUGGUUGAUGAGGCUGAGCAAUUAUUGGGUAAGAUUUCUGAGCAGGGUGAAACUCCUACUGUUAAGAUUCAUAUAAGCCUAUGUGAUAUGUAUGCAAGAGCUGGAAUUGAGAAAAAGGCUCUUCAAGCCCUGGGGGUUCUGGAAUCUAAGAAGGAGCAGUUGGGAUUGGAUGAUUUUGAGAGGGUUAUAUAUGGGCUUAUUGCAGUAGGUUUUGUGCAGGAUGCUUAUAGGUUCCAUGGGCUGAUGGAGGCUCAGGGCUUCACUGCGUCAGCGCAUCUAAAGGUGGCCUUAAUGGCAUCCCAAGCUUUCAGCUGCAGGUGACCAACAAUGUUAUAGUUUGGCAAUCAUGAUUCCCAAUCCUUUGGUUGCCAGAGAUAAUCAAGAAAAAUGGUUUGGUAGUUGUCUGCAGAAUUAAAUAUACUUCAUAAGGGAAUGUGAUUGACAAAAGAGCAACAGGUAACCUCUUCAAUGCCUUACUAUCUCAAGCCUCACAAGUAAGUUUUGCCAUGAUUUUUACGGUCAUGUUGUUUUAAGGCAUAAACUUGUUUUAGUAAUUAUGCUGUGACCAUUUGUAAUAAUUAUUUGAAAGAGCUAGGUUGUUUUAUUGCGUAUUAGCUGAACAUAUGGUUUUGAGCGUAAAUUUAUAUCUUUACGUGUUGGAUGCCCCAA